AUGACGCCAACGGAUUUGAAUAUGCUUAAGUUGGAAGCGGGUGGUAUGAUAUGGGCUACAGUCGUGAAGUUAGCUGAUUCUGGUAGAGUUCAUUGGCUAUAUAGGCUUGAGAAGCUCUCACGAAAAUGCAUGUGUUGUUUUGAGUGCAAUUUGUAUCCUUCUGGCUACGUCUAUGCUGCUGUUUUUGGUUCCAUUUGGGGGAGAGUUUUGAGUGUUCGUGGAGAUAAUGGGAGUGGAGGUGACCGAGGUGAGUUUGGGGAUGGAAAUGAGAUGUGGUUUAUGGAGAAGGGUAAUCUGGAAGCACGUGCCGCUCCUGCUACUACCGGCUACUACUGUCGCUGUCGAAGCCCAUUGAUGAGGAAGAAGUUGGGACUUUCGAUGGCGAUGAGAGUUUUUAGCCUAGGGAAGAGACCACCAAACUACCUGUAA